ACCAUGCAGCCCCCGAGGUAGAGCCUGGACGGCGCGGAGGAGCGCUGAGCGGCGCGCAGCCCGCUCGCCCGCCCGUGACGGCCGUCCGGCCUCGCGCCUGCCUGAUCCCUCCAGCCCGGACUCCCCUGAAAUAUGUUCAGGGGCGCUUGGAUGUGGCCCGGGAAAGACGCCGCCGCGCUGACUAUCUGCUGCUGCUGCUGCUGCUGGGCUCCCAGGCCGAGCGACAAACCUUGCGCUGACUCUGAGCGGGCGCAGCGAUGGCGACUGUCCCUGGCGUCCCUGCUCUUCUUCACCGUGCUGCUCGCUGACCAUCUGUGGCUGUGCGCGGGGGCCCGGCCCCGGGCCAGGGAGCUGAGCAGCGCCAUGCGGCCGCCCUGGGGGACCGGCCGGGAGCGGCAGCCGAUGCCUCCUCGCGCGGUGCUGCCCCUGCCGCCGCCGCCGCCGCCGCCCAGCGAGCCCAGCGCGCCCCCGGGCACCUGCGGCCCCCAAUACAGCAACCUGACCAAAGCCGCCCCCGCUGCCGGUCCCAGGCCGGAUUGCGGUGGUGUCCCAGAGCCCACGGGGCUGGACGCAGCUUGCACCAAAUUGCAAUCUUUGCAGAGACUUUUUGAACCGACUACCCCAGCCCCCCCACUGCGGCCCCCUGAUUCCCCUUCCCGUGCCCCGGCCGAGUUCCCCUCCGCCAAAAAAAACUUGCUCAAAGGCCACUUUCGGAACUUCACUCUCUCCUUUUGCGACACCUACACGGUCUGGGACUUGCUGCUGGGCAUGGACCGCCCCGACAGCCUGGACUGCAGCCUGGACACCCUGCUGGGGGACCUGCUGGCCGUGGUGGCCAGCCCAGGCUCCGGGGCCUGGGAGGUGUGUAGCAACUGUAUCGAGGCGUACCAGCGGCUCGACCGACAUGCUCAGGAAAAAUAUGACGAGUUCGACCUCGUGCUGCAUAAAUACUUACAGGCAGAAGAGUACUCAAUCCGGUCCUGCACGAAAGGCUGUAAGGCGGUCUACAAGGCCUGGCUGUGCUCCGAAUACUUCAGCGUGACCCAGCGGGAAUGCCAGCGCUGGGUGCCCUGCAAGCAGUACUGCCUGGAGGUGCAGACCCGGUGCCCCUUUAUACUCCCUGACAAUGAGGAAAUGGUGUACGGAGGGCUUCCGGGCUUUAUCUGUACAGGGUUGCUGGAUACUUCGCCAAAGCGGCCGGAAACCAAGUGCUGUGACGUGCAGUGGGUCUCCUGUGAGUCGGAGAAGAAGAAGUUCAAGGAGACUGAGGCCCCCAAAACCCACCACCAGCAAUUCCACCACUCCUAUUUCCACCACUACCACCAACAGUACCACCAGUACCACCCCCGCCAUGACCCCCCAGGCCACAUCGGCCACAAGCCCUCCCUGCUGCCGGUCUCUGGGGGCUCCCGCCUCAGCCCCAGCAGGAUCCGGCUCUAUGUCCUUGUUCUCAUGCUCCUCCAUACCAUGGUGUCCUUCUCCAGCGGCCAGGGCGGCGGAGGACUGGGGCUGGAGGCACUGCCUGCCCUAGAUGAGGGCCUGACUCGGGAAGAGUGACAGCAGGGAGGGAGGACAGACCUCCACCACACACUGACAUCAGCUCCAGCCCCCCGGGUGGAGGGGGAGGGGCUCCUCCCGUGGGAGGUAUAGGACCAGGUGGGGGCGGGGGGACAUGGGGGGCCGCACAUCACCCCCAACCUACCCCCACCCCAAAAGCAGCUCCAACAGAACGGCCAGAGGGCCCCAGGGAGCUGCAAAACUCAUCCAGGAGAAAACGGCAGGAGCAGCAGGUGCCCCCCCUCAGGUCCCCAUCUAUGGGGCUUAGCAAAAAAAAAGGGGGGGAGUGGGGGCUGGAAGUACCCACUCCUGCUGAGAGCCCUGACCCUAGGGAAGGAGGCUGCUCACCCAGCCUUGGCCCUGCAGGGAAUGUUGGGGGGCACAGAGGGGAGAAGCUCUUUCCCCCCUCCACAUUCCUUUUGUUGCCACGAUCCUUAAUUCCCUCCUGCCCAUACCCCUACAGGCAAUGGCAGACGGUGCAGUUGCCCUCCUCCCACUCAGCACACCUUGCCCCAUGUGGGCCGCCACAGGCAAGUGCCAGGCUGGGAGAUGAGGAGCGAACAGUCGUGGCUAGGUCGGGGCCCCAGUGAAGCUGUGCCCCACCACCCUAGGCAAUGAGGGGUAGUAAUGGGGUACAGAAUGAGUGGUGAGAGAGAGUGGAGUUAGGGAAGAGGGAGAAGAGAGGAGAGGAGAACAGAGGAGAGGAGGGAAAGGGAUAGGAGGGGAGAGAUGUGGGCGGAGAGCUUAGAGAGAUGGCUGAAUCCUCUAUAGUCACCUGGCUUGGGGAGGAUGGAUGAUCAGUGUCAAGGCAGGCUCGAGGACAGCUCCCCAAAUCAGAAAGUGUUGCAUAAAGAGUCUUGUGGGGAAAGAGCACAGGAACUCGGUUGCUGGGCCUCGAACCAGAAGGCUGAUAGCACAUGGUCAGACUGCCACUGUCUGAAGGGCCAUUAUCUUACAGAAGGUGCACAUACUCCCAAGGGCCACUCUUGCCCUGGAGAUCUUGGCCUUGAGGCCAAAGAUGUUUCCAUUUCUGAUCUCCAUGGGGAGGAGGGACUUAAGCCCAGUGGGUCAGGCCUGGCCUGGGUCCCCAUACACCCUCAUUCUGUCCUAGCCCAGGCCUCCAUGAAGGAGAACCUGGUGGCAGCGCCCCAGGGCUUUCCAGAGAUGAGCCUCCCCCGUCCCCACCCUGUACCCAUUCCCAGCCUACCAAAGAGUAUUCGUCCCGUCCCAUCCCUGACCCUGUGGGUUACCAUCUCAAUUGUGGAACAAUCAGACUCUUCCUCACCCUGUAGCGGGUCCCCUGAUCCAGCCACCCCUGCCCCUUCCUGGAGAAGGUCCAGAGACAGGCAAGAGGACCCACUGAAUAAAGAGAAUGUUCUGGUGUCUCUUGGCUGAGACACUGGAACUGCUUUGUCAGGCCCAAGGGCUAGACAAGAAAAGAGGCCUCGAAAGCCUCUCCGGGGCUGUUAGCCUUGUGCUGAUCUCCUGGGAGUGGGAGGCCACGUUGCCUGGGACAUCCACAAGCCAAUAGGAGCAGACAAGAAAGGCAGCCAGAACUGUGUUCCUGGGGCAGGCCGAGGGGCUUUCGGUGCCAGAAGGGCCUGUGUCCUAGGCUGCGAUGCCAGUGAGUAAGGAGAUGGGGAGGGGACAGCCGGAAGUGGUUGGCAGGGGAGAGAUGGGAGACCUCCCCAGGAGAGAGGGAAUCAUUCAAGGACCUCCGCUGGGUCCCGAAUAGGCUCCAUGAGACUGGGGAGUCCUUCCCUGCCAGUUUUCUCAUUUGUCACGGCCUAUUUCCCUCCCCCGAUCCCCGUGCCCUUGCC